GCCCACCUGGACGCGGGGCCGUACCUGGGUGCUCACCUGGGUAACCCCCUCUGCCCCCCUGUGCCCACCUGCGCUCCCCUGUCCUCCCUUGUGCUCACCUGUGCCCACCUGUGCCCACCUGUACUCACCUGUGUGCCCCCCCGUGCCCCCACCCCUUGCCCAGGUGCUGUACCAGCCCCUCCCCUCGGAGCCCCGCCAGGCCCACCUGGAGGCGGGGCCGUACCUGCGGGUGCUGGAGGCCAUCGACGCGCAGGUGCCGCGGGACGAGCGCGGGGACGUCCUGGUUUUCCUCAGCGGGGCCGCCGAGAUCCAGCAGGUGCUGGGCCCCGCCCAGGUGUACGCCCAGACCACCCAGCGCUGGGUCGUGCUGCCCCUGCACGGCAGCUUACCUGCCCACCAGCAGGACAAGGUGUUCCACCUGCCCCCGCCAGGUGUGCGGAAGUGCAUCCUGGCCACCAACAUCGCCGAGACCUCGGUGACCAUCGACGGCGUGCGCUUCGUCGUCGACUCAGGUAAGGUGAAGGAGCUCAGGUACGACGCUCAGGCCAAGGUGAGGCGGCUGCAGGAGUCGUGGAUCAGCCGGGCCAGUAAGGUGAAGGAGCUCAGGUACGACGCUCAGGCCAAGGUGAGGCGGCUGCAGGAGUCGUGGAUCAGCCGGGCCAGCGCCGAGCAGCGCAAGGGCCGCGCCGGCCGCACCGGCCCCGGUGCACUUCCCCUGUCCCAGGCCAUUCGGUUCGAGCUGCGCCACGACCCUCGGGAGCUGCGUCUCACCUGUGGGGCUCACCUGGCCCCGCCCCAGGUGGCCCUGCUGGGGCUGGUGCUGGCCCGGGGGUUGUACCCGCAGGUGGCGCUGCCGGACCCCCUCAACGGCGCCCGCCGCGACUCCGAGCAGGUGUUCCACACCCGGACCCAGCAGGGCGUGGCCCUUCACCCCACCGGAGUCUUCGCCUCCCGCCCGGACCUGCUGCAGCCCCAGGGGGGCCCAGGUGAGACCCCCAGAUCCAGGUGAGACCCCCAGACCCA